AUGAGCGUUCGCUGCCACAGUCGCUUGGAGCAGAACUUGAUUAAAAGUGUCCCAGCAGGAGCCUUUUCAGCGUACAAGAAGCUCAAGAGGAUUGACUUGAGUAAGAACCAGAUUUCUGAUGUUGCCGCAGAUGCUUUCACUGGCCUGCGCUCCCUCAUCUCACUGGUGUUGUACGGAAACAAGAUCACAGAGCUGCCCAAGGGAUUGUUUGAUGGACUGGCUGCCCUACAGCUACUGCUGCUAAAUGCCAACAAAAUUAACUGUUUGAGAGUCAACACCUUCCAAGACCUGCAGAACCUCAACCUGCUGUCACUGUACGACAACAAAAUGCAAACCAUCAGCAAAGGACUGUUCGCCCCUCUGCGCUCCAUCAAGACUCUUCAUCUGGCCCAGAAUCCCUUCAUGUGUGACUGUCACCUGAAGUGGCUGGCAGACUACCUGUUCGACAACCCGAUUGAGACCAGCGGAGCGCGCUGCAGCCAUCCCAGGAGGCUGGCUAACAAGCGCAUCAGCCAGGUGAAAGGCAAGAAGUUCAGGUGCACAGGUCAGGAGGACUAUCGUAGUCGUCUGAGUGGGGACUGUUUCCAGGACCUGGUUUGUCCUGAGAAAUGUCGCUGUGAAGGCACUGUGGUCGACUGCUCCAAUCUCAAACUGACCCGCGUACCUCCACACAUCCCUGACCACACCACAGACCUGCGGUUAAACGACAAUGAGAUUGCCAUACUGGAGGCUGCAGGGACGUUUAAGAAGCUGCCAAACUUGAAGAAGAUCAACCUGAGUAACAACAAGCUGAGAGACAUCCGUGAAGGUGCGUUUGAUGGAGCGGGUGGAGUUUUGGAGCUGCUGCUGACAGGGAACAAGCUAACUGGACUGCAGGGACGCAUGUUCAAAGGACUCAUCGGCCUGAAAACUCUAAUGCUGCGGAGCAACCAGAUCAGCUGCAUUGACAACAGUACAUUCACGGGUCUGAGCUCGGUGCGUCUGCUGUCGCUGUACGACAACAGGAUCACCAGCAUCGCUCCUGGAGCCUUCUCCACCCUCCACUCCCUGUCCACCAUUAACCUCCUGUCCAACCCAUAUGUGUGUGAUUGUCAUCUGUCCUGGCUGGGGCAGUGGCUGAAGAAGACGAGGGUGGUCAGUGGAAACCCUCGCUGUCAGAAGCCCGCCUUCCUGAAGGAGAUCCCCAUCCAGGAUGUGGCCACCCCGGACUUCACAUGCGACGUAUGA